AUGAUCAAGUAUCUGCUUUUAGUUUCCUUGGUUAUCCAUGCAACAUUGGCGAAUUCGGAAUCUGCUUCCAAGAAAUGGCUAACACUAAAUGGCCAGCGACCUUCUGUGAUAGCCCGCGGAGGGUUCUCGGGGCUUUUCCCUGAAUCCAGUGACUUUGCAAAUCAAAUGGCGCUUGGGACAAGCGUCCAUGAUGUGGUUGUGCUCUGCAAUUUACAACUAACAAAAGAUGGGGUUGGGAUUUGCCAGGGAGAUAUCAGGCUUGACAACACAACAAAUAUAGCAAUGUUAUUUGAAAAGGGAUCAAAAACCUACAAGGUAAAUGGGCAGGAUCUUACUGGGUGGUUCGCAUUAGAUUUUACAGCUGAUCAGCUCCUUGCCAAUGUAUCUUUGGUGCAGAAUAUAUUCUCUCGGCCGAGUGCAUUCGACGGGAUGCUGCCCAUGUCUACUGUUGACGAUGUCAGAAAUUCCAAUCCCCCAGCAUUUUGGUUGAAUGUUCAGCACGAUGCGUUCUAUACGGAAAACAAACUGAGUGUCACAAAUUACAUUCAAAAGGCAACGAGACUGCAGGGUGUAAAUUACAUUUCUUCUCCUGAGAUUGGUUUCUUAAAGAGAAUGAAUGGAUUAGUGAACAAGGCUAAGACCAAGCUCAUCUUUGUGUUCCUGGACAAAAAGGCAACUGAACCCACAAGCAGUCAAACUUAUGGUUCAAUAUUGGGAAAUCUUGCCACGAUCAAGAAAUUCGCUUCCGGGAUUGUUGUCCCAAAAGAUUACAUAUGGCCUGUUAAUACGGCUAAUUAUCUCGCUGCUCCCACUAGUCUAGUAAAUGAUGCUCAUAAACUGGGUCUUGAAGUAUAUGCUUCUGGCUUCGCGAACGACUUCACUACAAGUUAUAAUUAUAGUUAUGAUCCAUCAGCCGAGUAUCUGCAAUUCAUUGAUAAUUCUCAGUUUUCUGUUGAUGGGUUGAUUACAGAUUUUCCUCCUACAGCAUCAGAAGCUGUUGCAUGUUUUGCUCAGUACCCUGAUAUCAAACCUACAAAAGGACAAGCUUUGAUCAUAACUCACAAUGGAGCAAGUGGAGUUUAUGCUGGGAGCACCGAUCUUGCUUAUCAGCAAGGAUUAGAAGAUGGAGCUGACAUAAUAGAUUGCUCUGUUCAAAUGUCGAAGGAUGGAGUGGCUUUCUGCUUGGAUUCGGUGGAUGUUACCAGAGAUACAACUGCUGCAGCUACCUUUAUGUCUCUUUCUACCACUAUCCCUGAAAUUCAACAGUCUUCUGGAAUUUUUUCGUUUGACCUUUCAUGGAGCGAUAUUCAAACCUUGCAACCUCAAUUGACAAGUCCUUUUGAGAAUAAGGGUGGCUUGCCAAGAAACCCUGCAAACAAGAACAAGGGUAAAUUUUUAACUCUUGCUGAAUUUCUAGAAUUGGCUAAAGUAAAGGCAGUUACCGGGAUUUUAAUCAACAUAGAGAAUGCCGCUUACCUAGCAUCACAGAAGGGUCUUGACAUAGUAUCUGCUGUUAACACUGCCUUGAGCAAUGCCACAUUUGACAAGCAAUCCACUCAAAAAGUCCUGAUCCAAUCAGACGACACUUCAGUGUUGUCCAAGUUUCAGAAUGUCCCAGCAUACAGUAGAGUACUAUAUCUUAAAGAUGAAAUCAGUGAUGCACCCAAGACACCAGUGGGUGAGAUAAAAAAAUAUGCAGAUGCGGUUACUCUGCCAAGAUUCUCCAUUGUGCCCACCAUUGAUGGCUUCACUACAGCAACAACCAAAGUCGUAAAUGAAAUGCAUGCUGCGAAUAUCUCAGUAUAUGUCACAGUUCUAAGGAAUGAAUUUGUUACCCUUGCAUUUGAUUACUUUGCGGAUCCUACAAUAGAGAUUGCAACUUACACUUCUGGGAUUGGCGUUGAUGGAAUCAUAACCGAGUACCCAGCAACUGCAAGCAGAUAUUUAAGAAAUCCAUGUUCUUCUGAUUCCAUGCCCGAGAGCUCAUACAGCAUCAUUCCAGCUGAAGCUGGUAGUCUGCUGAAGACAGUUCCUGAAGAAACACAGCCCCCAGCAAGUUCCCCAACACCAGCCUUGGAUGUUGCAGAUAUUGUCGACCCACCACUCCCUGCAGUGACCAAACCUGCCUCCCCUCCUCCUGCAACUUCUCCUCGUUCAAGUGCCCUAGCAAACAUUGCUAACGUGGGCCUUUCUUUAGUAGCAAUCGUGGUGUUUAGUUCGCUGUCUUUGAUGUAA